AGUACAGCCGAACCUGAAAAAGGUGUUCUGAUAUUCAUCGUCGCUGAUCUCUUGUUACCGGCCGGCAGCUCGGCUUUCCAUUGCAGGCACAAACGCCGCUGCGGCAUCCUUUUUCUUCCAGCUGUACGGCAGUAGCCAAGAUGGUAGGGUUCUUUCUGAGAAAUGGUGGCAUAUGGCUCUAAGCUCUGACAAGUCAGACGAUUCUUGCACCGACAAUCGUUUCUCGAGCACCCUCCAAGUUGUAUACUUGUGUUUCCAGAUGAAUGUGGAAGAGGUUAAAGAGUGGUUUUUGACAUACAAAGUGAGGAAUACCCGUCAGACUUUUUAAUCCUUUCUGCUAAUUGUUCCCAAACACUAUAACAUCCCCUUCAAGCCCAACACAGAAGAACCCAAGAGAUCAUUUCAGUAAAACCAACUUUGUAAGAGCCUUAUUCUUCCGACCUUCCAAUAUUAUCUUGAGAUUGCCCUAAAGCCAUCGUAGAGACCAAAAGGUAGGAUGUCAGAAAGACAUGAGUCACAUGACAUGGAGACUAAAGUAGCAGCCCUUCACCAAGAGAAGCUACAGUAUCCCCCACAAUCCUCCUCACUGUCCUUUAUCCUCAUAGUAUUUUCCAAUUCCCUCAAAGUCCUCCUUCAAAGCUGGUACAUUUUCCUUCUAAUCUUCCUCUCCCUUACUCUUCCAGUUUCUUUCCUUAUCUUCUCUCUGUCCUUGUCUUCCUAUCCAUCCAAGCACCAUAUACUCUAUCUUGAAUCCCUUGCUUUACACUCCCCAACCCAUCUUGAGGCUAGCCAAGUCUGGCAGGAAUCCCGUGAAGAAACUCUCUACCUUCUCCGCCUCAAAUUCUUCUAUUCCUUACCUAUUUUCCUCCUCUCACUCCUCACCUCCAUCUGCUCUGUGCACUCCACCUUCCUCUACCUCUCACUUACACGACCUUCCCUCUCCUCUGCUGUUGCAGCAAUCAAGCCCAAUUGGAAGCGUGCCGUAGUCACAUCCUUUUGUUCCUAUAUUCUCUUCCUCCUGUCCAGUCAGGGACUGCCACUCUUAGCAGCAGCCUUCUACAUCCAUGCAGAAUUGAGGUUGCUGAUUUUGUUGAUUGGCUUCUGUUUUGAAGUUUACCUGAUGGCAGUUUUGGGGAUGGGGCUGGUGGUUUCAGUCUUGGAGGACAGAUUUGGAUGGGAUGCAAUCCGAGUGGGUUCACGGCUGAUGGAAGGGAGGAGGACAUGUGGGUGGGUAAUUUCGGCUGUAUUUGUGGCAUUGUCUAGCUCUAUUGGGAGGGCGUUUAGGGCAUUGACUGACGGCAAGGAAUUCAGAGGUGGGUGGGCAAUGUUGGUGACAAUUAUGAAAUGGAGAGCGGGGGCGCUGGUAUGUUUGUAUGGUUUGAUAGUGCUCUGGAGUUAUGUUGUUACCACAGCUUUUUACACGGAGUGUAGGAAACGUCAUUGUUAUUAUAACGUAAGAGGUGAGAAUGAGAACUGAUACAUGGUUCAAGGAUGCUGGAGCUAUGGUAUGAAAGCUGAAAAUGCAAUGAAAUGGGAGCUGCUAAAUGAUGCUGCAACAUGACCACACAGUAGCAGCAAAGUGACAGCAGCAGCAAAGUGACAGCAGCAUGGAGCUGCACACGAGCUACAAGAAAUGGCAGCAAACUUCAACAUUUUAGUUAAUGUUUUAGGUAAUUAAUAAUUAUUGUAUUAGGUAAAAAAACAUUAUUUUGUGUAGCCUUCUUCCGUAAAAAGGAAGACAUGGAAUGAAAAUUGAGUAAGCGAAAGCAUGCUUUCUCUUCCUGCGGUUGGUUUCUGUACCCUUCCAUGUUUAUGACUUUAUGUUCUAAUGUUCUCUAUCAUGUUCUAAGUUCUACUCUUCUCCUAGUCUCCUGCAAAUCCUUUCUCAACCCCUUCUUACCUCAAAA